GCUUUUGUUGGGAUCAUAUUCACGGCUCAACAUUACCAGCAAAGGGCUCCAAAACAAGAUUUAGAUCGACGAUCAAGAAUGCCUGUAAGAGUGGUGGAAAACUCAGCUCCGUCUCAUGUUUCAGAUGCGAAUUCUGGACACACUUCGCCGCCUGCGUGUUCACUUUUGAGUGUUGGACAGGCCUUUUCUGGUACCCAGAAUGUUUCUAGUCUACAGAAGGAUGAAGCAUGGAGAGUUAAUGUACGUAUCCAAGGAUGUGACCUUGAUAAUGGGUAUCUAUGUGGUGUUAUGGAAGCUCUUAAUGUUCCUAUGGCAGACACACCUGUAGUAACCUUCUGGGAAGGAGAGAUUGUAGAUACAAAGAACUAUACCUUCUUUACUGGCAAAUGGGAAGCAACACCAGAAGAUGAUAUAAGGCAUUGGACCAAGUUUCCAUCGUUUUCUUCUCUUCUUAGCCAAGUAAAGGUUGAUGGUGGGAAAUCUUUGGAUUUGAGCAACUGCCCAUACAUUUUUAUGAGAUGGAAAGAGCGAUAUUUUGUGAAUGUUGGAACAGACUGUGGAUUAACCAUAGCUGGUUUCUACUAUGUUUGUUUCUCAUGUAGUGAUGGCUCGAUAAAUGGCUUCUACUAUGAUCCUAAUAGCAGCCCAUUUCAGAAGCUUGAGCUGAAAUCUACGAAUGAGGGAAGAUUUGGUUUCAGUUUUUCAUCUUAUGAGUUGCAGUGACCAUAAAAUGUAGGCGAGUUCAUCGGUUUACAUUUCUGGAAACUGAGAUGAAGAUGCGGAGACUCAUUGAUGACAAUUGACAAUUAAUGUGUUUCAAAGAAAUUUUCUUGUAAAAACUUGAAGAAAUAUUCAUCUUUCCUGUAAACACACGGGGUUGUGUGGUUAUUAUCACCAUAUAUGCAUUAUGUAGUCGUUGCUCAAGACGUUUAUUACAUAUUUUGUUAUUAUUUGUAAAUUUACCAAUGAAGGCGUGAGUGUUA